AUGCGCUCGGCUGUGGCCUUGAGUGGAGCCAGUGUGGGGCCAGGUCAAGUCCUGCAGGAGUUCUUGGGGUUUUCCAGCUGUCGUCUGUGCCCGGCUCCGGUGCCUUUCCUGGUCAGACAGGAGCUCAGCCUGUCGCCAGGCCGCCAAGGACCGCUUCCCCUGGCCCAGGCCCCUGCCUCCCCCUGCGCAGACUGGGGCCCGUCCCGCUUCAGAGAGGAGGCUCGGGACCAUUACGUUCAUGUGUUCUCUGAGGUCUGCUUCACCCCCACCUGCUCCCUGGGCGCCCUCUGCCUCCGGGUCUCCCCUCAGGCCCAAGGGCAGCAGUGGGGGCCCGGGCUGCAGUACAGCCACUUGGACGUGCCUCCCGCCCAGCCUGCCUCGGCUGUCACUGCCUUGUCCGGUGGCCUCACAUCACACACGGCCGAUCUUUGUCAACCCCGGGUGCUCCGGGGGCUGGGGGCACACCCGCAGUUCUCAGCUGCACACUCCAGGGCCCCAGGCCCACAGCUGCCCGACGGGGCUCAGGCAGAAGCCCCAGGAAGUUUCUGGUCCCAGCCAGGGCCUGAGGCAAAGUCGGAGUUCCUGCCUGUCUUCGUGCUCCCACUGUGGCGUCUCACCUGCCAGAACAGAGGAAGGAAAACCAUUGAGUUCCAUCCGUCCACCCCGCCGAGCAUCCUCCAGAGAGGGGUGGGAAGGGAGGGAACAUCCUGGCAAAGCCCCCCAACCCCCACCCCUGCUUUAGCCUGGGGGCCGCUGUGGCCCACGCUGCCCAGCAGCCAAGAGGAGGGGCUGGGACAGGGCACCGCUGGCCCACAGGGAGGCAUGCCAGGAACGAGGCAGGGCUCUCCUGGACCUCGGGGCCCACCCACCCCGGGGACGCUGCCCCUGAGGCUGGGAACCUGCCCUGGGCAGCCAAAGCUCCUCUGGACGCCACUUAAGUCAACCCUGCCUGGGGCUGGCCAAGAUCCCGAGAACAGGGGGCUCUCGCUGGCCCGUGGGCCCCUCUCCACGGGCCCUCUGGUGGGCUGCUGGGCCUGGGCCCGCUGGCCCCUACUGGGCAGGGUGCACAGGGCAGCAACGGGCCCUGUGUGCUCCAAGCUGAGCCAGCCACCUCCCACUCCUGGGCUGGGGUGGGAUGGGGGCUUUGCUUCCAGAGUUGUGCUCCCCAAGCAACGUCCCCUCUGAUUUCUCAGGUUGCUGUCCUGCCCCGGGCCCUGAGUCCUUUCUCAGUUCCACCCUGUUGGUCUGUGCUGGGGGAUUCACGUCUUCACUGGCUGGCCCGAGUGAGGCCAGGGCCCUGGCCUUGUUUGGGGGACAGAGUUCCUAGGGUCACUGCCCCCCGACCUUGGCCAGGCCCUCGGGAAUCAGCGCACCUGGCCAGGCCCACAGAGGAACAGCCCGGGGACCCCCAGCCCUGUGUAGUCACGGGCGAGGUCCGCUCCGGGUAGGGGGAAGGCGGAACCCCCAGGACCCCCCGCCCGGGAAAUGGGACACAGGCGUGCGCCUACCCACGAGCCCGGGUCUCGGAUGCGUCUCGGGAGACGCUGCGUGUCGCCGCGUGUCGGGGCUCCCGCGCGGCCUCUCGGGGUCUCCGCACGUCGGGGGCGGGGCCUGGGCGGGCCUCGGGGCGGG